AUGGAUUCAAGGAAUCUUCAUACUCAGUCCUCUAGUUACAUGGGACUGCUUAACAGUCAAGAAGCAAGUGUUUUGAAUGAAAACUUUCCUUAUGAAAGUUUUCAUUCAAGUGUAAACUAUGGAGAAUCAGAAAUCCCCCCUUUCAAUUCCCAACACUCUGAAGACACAGCAGUGGACAAACAAGUUCGACGCAAAUGGACCCCUGCUGAUGACGAGGUGGUUAUCAGUGCGUGGCUCAACACUUCGAAGGAUCCUAUAGUUGGAAAUUCUCAAAAGGGGGCCACCUUCUGGCAACGGGUUGCAGAGUAUUAUGCAGCAAGUCCUCAUGGAGGAGAGGAUGGUGAAAAGAGAGAGCAUCUUCAUAUUAAGAAGAGGUGGCACAGAAUCAAUGAUCAUGUUUCCAAGUUCUGUGGAGCAUACUCAGCAGCACAGAGACAAAUUGCCAGUGGGGAGAAUGACACAGAUGUUCUGAAGAAGGCGCAUGACAUCUUCUUUGCUUGCCACAACAUCAAGUUUAACCUCGAGCAUGCGUGGUGUGUGCUCAGGCAUGAACAGAAAUGGCGUAGCCUCUGUCCUCCAAAAGCUAGUGGCAGUUCUAAGAGGACUAAUUCCCAAACUUCAGCCACCAAUGUUGGUGAUCAUGUUGGUGAUCAUGGUGAUGAAGAGAUCCGCCCUGAAGGGAUCAAGGCCGCUAAAGCGAGAAAGUAUGGCGCUAAAGGGAAGUCUGUUGCUGAGUAUACCAGUCUUUGGGAAAUGAAGAAGGAGGAUUUGGCCAUGAAGGAGAAACUAUCAAAGCUGGCCAUACUUGACACUCUCCUUGCCAAGAAAGAAGCAUUAACUGAGGCCGAAGAAAUGGUGAAGGAUAAGCUUUUAGCCGAGUAUUUCUGA